AGAAACAAUAAUAACUGAAACAAUAUUGACCUGAUUUUUCAAUUUUAAUUAUCAGAAUUUACUGAAAUUAGAAGGAAAAAUGGCUAAAAAACUGUCUUGUAAAGAGAAUAUAUCAAUCUCUUUGAAUAUAAACGAAGGAAGAAUCAAAACAAAGAAAAAUAAUAGUCAAAAAGAAGACAGUUAUACGCAUUUUAUUCAUAAAAACAACUUAAGAGAAAAGACUAAAGAAUCUAUUUCGAGAGUGAACUAUUCUUGCAAUGACAAGAAUCAAAACCUAAACGUUUUACUCCAAGCUGAAGUUAGAACUGAUGUAAACCAGAAACGCUAUUAUACUAAAAAGUCUAUUAUAUUUCAGGCUUCGAAUGCUGGAGAACAAAAUAAAGAUAUAGAUGAAAUGCAAACAGAAUCCAAAAGAGAAUUGGAUAAAGAAGUUUUAUCUUCAUUGACUGGAUCUUUAAAUUUACGUGAUAGAGAAGAGCCUGAAGGUACAUUUGCCGAGGAACAGAGUAGUCUCUUAUUAAAUAGUUCUGAAGAAGUAAUUCGUGAAGAACAACACGUGACCUUUCCGAUAACUGUCAACGUUCCUAAAAGUUUUUACAUAGAAACUCAAGAAAAUGCUGAAUACAAUUUUGAUGAAUGGGAAAAACUGAAUAUUGAAUCUCCAAUAAAUAUCAUAGACUAUAUGCAUUUCUAUGCUAAACCACCUUAUUUGAUAGACAAAGAUUCUAUUCUUGGUAUCAGUCCAGGGUCCAGUAACAGAUCGUGUCCAUCUUUAAUGUAUAGUGAAGAAUAUGACAAUGACAAAUUGAAUUUAGAAGAAUAUGUUGAACUGAUUAAGGAGAAAAUUUAUGAAACAAGACAAAUCUUCAAUACAGAACUGAAAUCUUUGCGAGAUGAAUUUAGCUUGAGGGAUAUAUCAGAAAAUGAAGAUGAAGAUGAAGAGAGAAAAGAAUCGAUUAUGAUUACAUUAGAAAAAUUGCAAAGAGAUAUUGAGAAGAAAUUAAUUUUGCUAAAAAAAGACAUCAAAGAGAGUUUACGAAGCGAAAGAUCUUUGAAGACCAUUUCUUUAAAACCAACUACAUCACAUCGUUUCCGUGAUUUGGUAGACACUGUCGUGCAUGGAAUAAAAAUAGAAAAAGAAUUGAUUAAAUUGCAUGACGAAUCUCCCAAAAGAUGGAAAAUAACUGAAUUGAUGGUUUUGAGACAAUUAGGAGGUAAUGAAGGAAGAUAUAUUUUGUUGGUUCUUCAUCAACCUACAGCUUUUCAUUAUGUACUUCGUGUUUUACCCAAGGUGCACUAUAAUACAAAAGAAAAGGUAGAAAAAAUGAUGACAGAGAAGCAUUGUUAUGAAAUUUCCAAACGAAAACACAAUUUAAUUCAGAUGUAUCAAGCUUUCGAGACUAGUUACAGUUUUUGCUUUCUCUUGGAAUAUGCAAUUGGUUCGGAUCUCGGUUUCCACUUGAAUAAAUUUGGACGUUUAAUUUUAUAUGAAGCCAAAACAAUCCUGAUGCAAAUCUUUAAAGCAAUCGAUUUUCUACAUAAAAAAAAAAUUAUUCAUCGCAACGUUCAACUAUCCAGUAUUCUUCUCUUCGACGAAUGUCAAGUAAAAUUAUCUGAUUUUGGUUUAUGUUCGUUGGAAAAUUUAGCUAAAGACGUCUGUGGAAAUGAUGAAUAUAGAGCUCCGGAAAUGGAUGGAGUAACGGAAUAUUCUUUCGAGAUUGAUAUCUGGUCGUUUGGCGUUAUCGCUUACAAACUACUGGUUAGUGGAAAUUCCGAAAAUGUUGAUAAAUCAGAUAUCUUAAAAGAAUCAAAAGAAAAUUUUGUUCGUCUUAGAACUGUCGAUAUAGAAAUCCAAGAUCUUCUGAAGAAAAUUUUAAAAAUUAAUCCUAAAGAUCGCAUCGGUCAGAACAAUUUAUAUCAUCUGUUAAAACAAAAUAUUAUUUUUUCUGACGAACUAAUUUAGCUGUGCAACGUUUUUAACAAUUUUUUUUUUCCUUUUUUGUCAAUAUUAAGAAAUGAAAUUAAAAAGACUCCUUUUCUUUUAUUAUUUUUUUAAGAAAAUUUUUUGUAUUAUUGUUACCAGUGAUAAAGAUUUCCAAAUUUUGUA